AGCAACGAGGAGGCGGAACCCCUUUUUUAGGCUUGUUUUGCGCCGUCGGUCACGUGACAAGACGCUGGGGGAAUGGGGGCACUUCCUGUUUGCAGCGAGCUGCUGUUGUCAGUUUCAACAAAAUGGCUGCUGGAGGAGCGCGAGCGAAAGCGCAGUGAACGCCUUGUGUCACUACAGAUGGACGUCGCGGAGGUUCUCUCAAGCACGUACUCGCGUGGAUCCGCUUACACGCUUGUCAGUGAGACGAAUGCACGCUGAGAAACAUUUUCCCCGUUUUGCACUUCUUUUAAUCGCCUUGUCGACAUGAACACGUCACUGAAACAGCGCAGAGCGUGCUGCACGCGCCGAACACACGCGCGCUGAGGCUGCGCUGAGGUUUGCGUGCUCACAAGCCGGAGCCGUCGCGUCCUCUGUUUGCACUCGCAUUAUUUUAUUUUUGCUUUGUUUGUUUUGUUCAUCCUGCAAAAAAAAAAAAAAGUAAAUUCCUGAACUGGAAAAGCCAAAAGCUGUCUGUUCUACUGCAGUGUUUAAACUGGACUGUAUCGCGCGCGAGCUGCGCCAGAGCGUCUGGAGUGUCAGUGCGGGUGUAGAGCGCGUCUCCGGGCCGGGACACACUCAGCACAAAACCGCCAUUGCUGGACUUUGUGUGAUUUAAGUUGGGAGACGAAGCAAAAAACAAGAGAAGAAAAACGUUUGAUGGAAGAAAAGAAAAAGAAAAAGCAAGAAGAAAAGAAGAAAAAGGAAGCUGCUCUGAAAAAGGCUGCUGAACAGGAAACCAAAGUGCCAGAGUCUGUCAAGCCAAGCCCUGCCCCUCUUCCCUUUGCCAACCCCAGUGCUACCAACCCGUCUGCGCCAUCUACCAGCAGCGGUGGUGCCAAUGGCAAGCGCGUGCCCUCCAGCACCCAGCAGCAGCAAUCAGCAGUACAACGCUACCCACCUCGAGAGGUGCCACCACGUUUUCGCCAGCACGAGCAAAAGCAGCUACUGAAGAGAGGACAACCCUUGCCUGCUGGAAGCCUUGCUGUUGUAUUGCCAUCCUCAACCAGCCCUACUGUCCAGUCCUUACCCAGCCAGACACACCCAGACCUGCCCGUGCAGAGUGGCCAUUCAGCACAGUAUGAGAGUCCCCACUGGGGACGUACAUCCGUCAACUGCAGUACUACCGUAGUCACAACCAGUAGCAGUGGCUGGGAUCAACUGAUUAUAGACAAAAGUGAUACAGAGGAGUGGCCUUCUAUUUCGCGCAGUGAAAGCCACAUCCCUGCAGGAUGUCCAUCAGAUACUGAGCUUGUCAACAACGCCAGCAGCACAGAAACCAUGAGCAUGGCUACAGGGGGCAGCCAGCAGGGACACUUUUCCACUAAUCAUCCCAAUAAAGCCAGUAAUAGCCACUCAGGAGGCAUCCUCUCCAGCCAGACUGGGGCCAGUAGAGGCUGGGGCUCUGGCCCAUCUCCUGCCACUGCUGGAGAAGGAAAGAGUGAAGGCAGCAGUGCAUCAAUGGGACCCAGGACCUGGGGUUCCUCCAAUUUUAACUUGAAUUUAAAUCCCAAUGCCAACCCCUCUGCUUGGCCAGUCCUGGGACAUGAGGGGACAGGCGUGGGUGGCAGCUCUGGACUAUCCAACCAAGCUCCUUCUAAUAUCUGCAGCCCACCGGUUGCUGCAUCCUCUGGACCCAGCAGUAGUGGCAGUUUAGUUGGUGGCAAUGGAAAUUCUGCUGGCAACUCUGGUAAUGGUAAUAGCAGCACCGCCUGGGGUGGUAUGGUGUCUAGUGACAAUUCUGAGCCACACUCCUCGACUUCCACGAAUGUGUCUUUUAGCUCUGAACCUCAGAACCUUAACACUGAAGGACCAAAUCACACUAAGCAAGAGACCAUGAGCUCUGCCAACAGUCUGCCUAACUGGGGCGUUACCCCUGUUGGCAUGAGCUCUUUUAUCCAGUCUCCAACACGAAGUUCACAGGUCAAUGGGGAGGAGGGAUCUUUGUGGGGUAAUGGAGAUGCCAAGACUGCCAAUAGCUCCAAGGACUCAGGCUGGGAUUCAGGAAGUGGUUGGGGUCAAGGAGUAGCUUCAGCCACCCCUGGCUGGGGAAAAGCCUCAUCUAAUGGGGACUGGGGCAAGCAUUCCAGUGAACCUAAAGGGUGGGAGUCUGCAGGAUCUCCUACUCAAGAACAGCCACUGAAUUCUUGGGGGAGUGGAGCCAAUGCUCCAGCUAGUGAGGGAAGCAACGAUAGCAUGGAUGGUCAUUCUCACAGGAGGGAGCGCUCGUCAAGAGAUAUGGCCCCACCUCUCCUGCCUGCCCAGGACAUGGACCCAAGGGUUUUGUGCAACACAGGAUGGGGACAGACCCCUGUUCGUCAACACACGGCCUGGGAGACUGAAGAAGCUGCACGCUCCAAUCAUAAGAAUGAUGUUGGUACUGAAGCAUGGGGCUCAUCUUUAAAUGCACCUCAUAUGACACAACCACCAUCGCAUGGUAGUGUCAAUACAAAUUCUGGACCUGACUCUGGGGGCAAGAAUGAUGCUCAUCGCCCCACUUCUGCAACUGCAUCAGGCUGGGGAACAUCUCCCAGUCAACCAUGCUCUGGAUGGGGUGACAACACCAAGAAGCCCCCUAUUGGUCCUGGUGGUUGGGGCAACCCUCCACAAGCAGGCCACAGUGGAGGCUUGCAAAAAAGUGGACAGUGCUGGGGCUCUGAAGACAAGUCUCCUACAUGGGAUGACUCUCAUGCCAAGGCUAAACCUCAGGGUUGGGGUGAGGGCCCCAAGCCAUCCCAUGGUUGGGGCAGUGACCCAGGAGGGGACAAUGGAGCUGGUGAUGAGUGGGGUGACUCUGGAGAAGAAAAAAAGAAUGGACCAUCCAGCACUUCUUGGGAAGGGGAUGGCACAGGAUGGAAAGAAAACCCUCGUGGUUGGGGAAAACCAUCCUCAGGUGGGGGCUGGGGAGAUGCACAACGCUCCAAUGUCUCAACACAGGGAUGGAGCAACAAGACUCAGGAGGCAAGCAGUGGAAGUAAUGCUGGUGGGAACAUGGGUUCAUGGGGAGGUUCAGGCUCUCUCAAACAGAGUGGAUCUGGUUGGGGAGGAAGCAAUGGGGGAGGAGUAAAACAUAAUCAUGUUGCGGAGCCCACAGGAUGGGAAGAGCCCUCCCCACCCUCAAUCCGACGCAAAAUGGAAAUUGAUGAUGGUACCUCAGCUUGGGGUGAUCCAAGCAGUUAUAAUAAGACAGUUAACCUCUGGGACAGGAACAAUCCUGGAAUGCAGAGUAAAACAAGCUCUGGAAAUGCCAACAAUGCCCCCAAUAACCAUCACCACCAUCCCCAUCAUAAUCAGCCUCCGUUGCAGGGCCAUGGACAUGGUGGGCCAGUUGCAACCAACAGCCAUAUCACUCCUGACAAUACAAGCCCACAUCAAGCUGGGGCCCCUCAUAGCAGAGCACCCUUGAUAAAUACAGGGUGGGGAGAUAUGCCUAAUGUCCACUCCAAAACUGAGUCCUCAUGGGGAGAGCCUGUACCCUCUCCAGCAACCGUGGACAAUGGCACAUCAGCCUGGGGCAAACCCUCUGGUGGCUGGGGUGACAACAACCCUGAAGGCUAUGGCCGAGGUGGAGGCCCACCAGGAUCUGCGCCCUGCAAGCCAGCCUCUAAAUCUAUGCAAGAUGGCUGGGGAGGGGGAGAGGACAUGGGUCUGUCAACAGGGCAGUGGGAGCAGGAUGAGGGUGACAUGUGGAACAGCACAGCCUCUCAAGAGAGCAGCUCAUCCUGCAGCUCGUGGGGCAACCAGCCCAAGAAAGGUCCCCAGAAGGUCUUACAGACAAAGGUUCCUAAUAAACAAGACGAAGCCUGGAUUAUGACCCGUCUCAUUAAACAACUGACUGAUAUGGGUUUCCCUAGAGAUCCAGCAGAGGAGGCUUUAAAGAGCAACAAUAUGAACCUGGACCAGGCCAUGAGUGCCCUUUUAGAAAAGAAGACUGAAUUAGAUAAGCGAGGGUUGGGAAUCUCUGACUACAGUAAUGGGCUUGUCAACAAGCCAAUGAGCUGCAGGUCUUCAAUCAUCUCCAAAGACUCCUCCUCAGACCGUCCUGCCUUUCUGGAUAAGGAUGGAGGACUAGCGGACGAUGCCCAAACUUCACCAUUUAUGCCUUCUCCCAGCCUGAAGCUCCCGUUGGCUAGUGCUGCACUCCCUGGCCAGAGUCUUGGGGUCACAAUGCAAAACUUGAACAACAGACAGAUGCAGAGUGGCAUGUUUGGCAGUAGUGGAACAGCACAAACCCGGGCCCUGCAGCAGCCUCCUCCUCAGCCAGCAGUGCCACCUCUCAACUCCGCCCAGCCUAGUCUACGUGCUCAAGUGCCUCAGUUUCUCUCCCCUCAGGUUCAAGCACAGCUCUUACAGUUUGCAGCAAAAAACAUUGGUCUCAACCCUGCACUUUUAACCUCACCAAUAAACCCUCAGCAUAUGACCCUGUUGAACCAACUCUACCAUCUGCAGCUGGCAUACCAGCGUUUACAAAUUCAACAGCAGAUGUUGCAGGCACAACGAAAUGUUUCUGGCCCUAUCAGACAACAGGAGCAGCAAGUUGCACGUACAAUCAAUAACAUGCAGCAGCAGAUCCAGCAGCACCAGCGUCAGCUGGCCCAGGUUCUGCUAGUGAAGCAGCAUCAGCAGCCUCCUCCUCCUCAUCACAGCCUGCACCCCAGCACAGGCAAAUCAGCACUGGACACAUUUCCUUCACAUCAACAGGCAUCAGGACUGACUGUCUCUGACCUGGUGACCAAAGAGCCGCAGUCUUCUCCCAACUCCUUCUCCUCUUAUGCUCUCUCUGGAUUAAACCCCAACAUGAAUGUAAACUGCAUGGAGGUGGGAGCUAUGUCCAUGAAGGACACUCCUCAGCCUCAGUCGCGCCUGUCACAAUGGACGCACCCCAACUCCAUGGAGAAUCUCUCUGGCAGCUCCUCACCUAUGGAACCUGGCCUCAGCAAGCAUGGUGCCAUCUCUGCAGGUCCAAACCUUGGUGCUCCAGGUAAACCCACCCUGGAUGACUCCUACAACCCAUAUAACCUAAUGCAGGGCACAGACUCUUCUGCCAGUCCACUGGUGACCCCUGACAGCUGGGGCCAGAGCAAGAAUGCCAAUGACAAGAUGUCCAAUGGGACCAACAUCAGCUGGCCGCCAGAGUUCUGCCCAGGAGUGCCCUGGAAAGGACUUCAGAAUAUUGACCCUGAGACUGAUCCCAAUGUGACCCCAGGAAGUGUUCCCAGUGGCCCCACCAUCAACACCAACAUUCAGGAUGUGAACCGCUAUCUGCUCAGAGACAGGAGUGGAGGUAAGCUGUCAGACAUGAAGUCUACUUGGUCGCCAGGACCCAUCUCGCACACGCAGGCCUCACUGUCCCAUGAGCUGUGGAAGGUACCUCAGGGACCGAGGAACUCUACAGCGCCCACUCGUCCUCCACCUGGUCUGACCAAUACCAAGCCCUCCUCAACCUGGGGGGGAAACAGCCUAGGCUUGGUGCCCGGCUGGAGCAGUUCUUACUCCUCAGGUACUACUUGGAGUACAGAUAGCACCAACAGGACCAGCAGCUGGCUGGUAUUAAGGAACCUUACACCCCAGAUUGACGGCUCUACUCUGCGGACGCUGUGCAUGCAGCAUGGCCCUCUAAUCACAUUCCAUCUCAACCUGACGCAGGGCAACGCCGUGGUGCGUUACAGCUCCAAGGACGAAGCUGGCAAAGCCCAGAAAUCCCUGCACAUGUGUGUGCUGGGCAACACCACCAUCUUGGCAGAAUUCGCUGGAGAAGAGGAGGUGAACCGCUUCUUUGCACAGGGUCAAUCCCUCACACCCACCACCAGCUGGCAGGCCAACCCGGGCACCAAUCAGACACGGCUGGGGGGUGGAGCAUCUGCAACUUCCCACCCCAUCGGCCACUGGAACGCCGCCAGCCUGGGAGGAGGCGGAGCUGGCAGUGCAGCGAAGGCCAGCAGUGAGCUGCUAUGGGGGGGUGUGCAGCAGUACUCAAGCCUUUGGGGGCCACCCAGUACCGAGGAGGGACGAGUGGUCGGCAGCCCAACCCCUAUUAACACGCUACUUCCUGGAGACCUGCUGAGCGGAGAGUCCAUGUGAGGGAGUCGACUCAGGAGAAGAAUUAUGAAUAUUAAAAAUAAAAAACGGACACGAAACAAAAAAUAAUAAUAAUAAUAAGUAACAAAAAAAACUUGAAAAAAAAAUCUAAUUACGCAGGAGCAAAAACCAAGCAAAAUCAUGUGGUGAUAAUCAGCAUAAGUGGAACUGUGAACCAAGAGAGAGGAGGCUGAAGAUACACUUGUAGAGGCUGCUGACCUUCUUUCUCUUCUCCUCCUUUUUAUUUUGCAUCAUUUCAGUGGAUUUUUUGUGUUAUUUUUUUCAUGUGAGGCUUUGGUUACAGUAUUUUUUAAGACUUUCGGAGAAGAGCAAGUGACUAAAUAAAAAGGAAAUAGAACCUUUAAUUACAAACUCUCUCUUAAUAACUGAAAACUGUGUGAAGCUGUAUUUUACUACAACUGAUCAGACAAGCUGCCAUUUUUAAAUGUCCCCUGGCACAAGCCCCUCAUCACCGCUGAUACACCGUAGGAGCCUUCCUCCCUACUCCCCCAAAGAAACGCAUCAUUCCUACCAGCCCUUCCCUUUAGACUGCAUCCAUUGCUUUGUGUUCAUCUGUUAGCUCGGUGGGUUUGUUAAACUGUUCGUUAAACAGCACUAAACUAGCCUUAACUGCUUACCAGCCCCAUCUCCCACACCCUCACUCUGGGCUUACAGAAGAGAUGGAAUCAAGAAUUGCACAUUUUUUUUCUCACUUUCGAGCCAGCAGAGAAGAAAAGUUUCCAUGCUUGACUUAGCACACAGGCCACCGCACACAUCUGCUUUUCCUCCAGACCUCAGCCAUCACCCUCGUCUGUCUGCAUCACUAUUAAAGAGGCAGACGUGCGGCUGGUGCUUACUCAUCUGCAGGACAGGCUGAGCAAACAGUUGCCAGCGUGUGUGUGCAUGUGUGUUGUGCUGCAUUAACCACUGUCUUCAGAACUUUUUAACAAAACACUCAGAACACACCACACAAAAAAUGAACAGUCAAUAGACAAUGUUCAUUUCCUUCUCUUCUGCUCCAUAAAUGACCUCAGUUAUUUGUGACCCAGUGAGUGGGGGGAAAAAAUCAUGUUUGUCGGACAUGCAAUAUGCCACAGACUCUUCCGUCCAUCAUUAUACAGAGCUUAUGCUGGUGAUGUUUCCUUACUUUUUUGAUUUUGGAGGCGGGCAGGGCACAAAAACAGUCAUCAUCCCUCAUCCACCAAGUGCGAGGACAAGCAGGAAGAGGACUUUCUCAUAGUGUGUGAGCCUGUAGUGAAGAUGAUCACUAGCACUUCCUUAAAGAUACAAAGUGACCAUAGCAGGAUGCGGGCUUCAAACCAAAUAAGUGUUUCUUGUAAACCCAGUAGACAAGGUGCAUUUUAUGUUGUAUUUGGUACAAAAUAAUAGAACAAAGAGACUCGUUUGACAAAUGGAUGGUUUAUCAUAGCACUUACCAAGAGCAUCAAGCUCCAACUUCAAUGCCAACAAAUCACACAUGGAAAGCUGAAACUGAAAAACAAGCAAAGAAAAAGCAAUCUACUUAGCUUUUCCAUGCUCUUUUUUUUUUCUCUCUUUUAAAAAAAAAAAAAAAAAAAACUCUAAAUGGAUUUUUCCUUAUGUCCCUCCCUUGGAUGGACAUUAAAUGGUAGCAAAUGAAGGGUAGUUUAAAGGAAAAAACAAACAAACAUGCAAACUGAUUCUAAAGCAUUCUUGUGUUUUUUUAUAUAUAUAUAUAUAUAUAUAUAUAUAUAUAUAUAUAUAUAUAUAUAUAUAUAAGGUAAAUAUUACUGUUACCGUACUCCAAAAUUGUUAGCCUUUUGUCUGGAGAAGCUAGACAUGUUCAUAUGUGGUAAUAGAUCCUGAGGGGCCCUUUUGCCUGGCGCCCCCACCUUCCUCGGAUAAUAAGUGUGGCCACUGAGUGCCUAUCUGUUGUGGCGCCCGCUGUGCCCUCGCUGACUCUGACGCCACUUGUGCCGGACCGGUGCGCCCGACGCCACAGCGUACUUUGGAGCUGCUGUUUGGCCUGGCGCAGAGUGGCAGCUCUCACAGAAAUGGCCCGACAGUACUCUUGCGCCAGCAUUUGACCUCGUCUCAACUCUCUUAAAACUCUCUCUCUUUUCAUGCAAAGAUCACUUUAGCUGGAAGUGGACAAGAUCCUUUCAUGUCAUUUUCAAUUAUUGGUUGUAUUUUUUUUUUAUUCCCUGAAAUCGCAAGUGUUGUUAUUUUUAUGUCAACAUUGCUGUUAUUGUUGUCUUUGAUACUUUAUGCUCUUUAAGUGUGUGUGUGUGUGUGUGUGUGUGUGUGUGUGUGUGUGUGUGUGUGUGUGUGCGCGUGUGCGCGUGUGCGCAUGUGUGUGUGAGAGCGUGAGUUCAUGCAGUGGUCUUUUAUUGUAGCUGCUCUUUACCAGCCCGUUUCACUGCACAUAUGCAGGAACGUUUGGAGAAAGAUGCAUGUCUACGUGUUUUACUUGCAACAGUUCAUGUUACUAUGCCAAGUCAGCAGAAUCAUGCUGAUCUAGAACGGUGGUUCUGAGACUUUUCCUGGUUGCUCUUGUGGAUUGACUGAGUUUAGGGGCACGUCCUACUGGAGUUCGAGAACUGUAGUUAUAAAGAGUAUUAGACAUGCUCAGCCUGCUUGCUACCUCUCCAUAACCCGGUCCCUUUUCUUUCCUUUUGUCUGCCUCCUGUUUAUUCCGGCACUGAUCUGCAAGGCUGUACUCGUACUGGUGCUGAUGCGCAACUCUUUAUCACUUCUCAUUAAUGCGGUAAUAAAAGCAAAUGACAAGAGAGACCCUCUUUUUCUAUGCAAUGUCUGAGUGAGAGGUACACUAGGCUCACUGUCACUCAAUACAAACCCAUCGUCUUCUUUUUUUUCAUCACAGAUUUACUGGUUUCUGAGCAGGCUGUGACCUGUUACUGUGGCCUUCAGUGUACUUAUGUUUGCAUCUCUGAACGCCGCUUCUGGAAAACUAUCCCACACCUCAGAAUUUAGCCCUCGACUUUUCGAACUAUGUGCAUGCAAUCUCAGGGCAGACUCAGAGAACUUUACAUAUCCCUCAGUACUUUUUCGUUUUGUUUUUCCCAUCUUGUAUUGUUUAAAAUGCAUUUCAUAUUGGUGGGAGAAUUAGAAAAUACUUUUUGUAGUUGCCUUUCAUAAUGCUACUUUAGCAUCUUAACCUUGUCUUUCAUGUUACCAAAAAAUGUUAAUCAACCCCAAUCAAUCUCAAACAUGAAAAAAGAAUCAGAUGUCUGUGAAACUUGGGCUUUAUAGAUUUUCACAGAUUGCAAUUUUUAUUUUAUUUUUUUUGUUGAUCGUUAAACAAGUGGAGAUGGAAAGGUAGCAUGCAGGCUGGCAUCAAGACUGAUGGUCCCAGGCAUUAAAAUUCUCCAUGAAGGACUGGUGUGAACUAAAACAGGGAUUGCAGGGAGUUCUUGGGUAUGCUGUGGAUGGUUUACGUUAAUGUUGGGUGCAUCGUUUUUUUAAACCAAAAAUGAGAGAUUGUCCUUGUAUUGCUUUUAGGAAACAUAUAGUAUACUCUUGGCUGAAGUGCUUCUUUUUUGCAAGCCUUUUAUGGCUCGAAGCAGCAAACAGCUGAUUGUGGGAAAACUGUACUGAUGGUAUUUACUUCUGCUCUCUCAGAUGAGAAAAGCAGCACCAGGGCAGAUUUUUUUUCCCCCCAGGUUAAGGUCCACAUACGUAACUGCUUCAUGACUGCUCUGGAACACGAGCACCCCCAACAGUUCCAGAUUAAACUUCUUAUAUUUAGGCUCAGUUUCUAAUGUACAGCAUACUUUAAGUGUAACCUCUCAGUUACCUCUCAGUGUAGUAUCUGUUAUAAACACAUCUGUCUUCUGUAUUCCCAGUUUACAUUUUCAUGGAUGUGAUGCAACAAAGAGGCUGUAAUUAGUUCGCAUUGAAAACACCCAUUAAUGGCUUUGGUCCCAUACUGUACACUACUGCUAAAUUAUUACACUGAUCAGCCAUAACAUUACAAAGCAAAACAUUAAGCCCAAUGUUGUGAAGGUUCCCCUUGCGCCUCCAGGGCAGCUCUGUCCCCUCAGGGCAUGACUCCACUAGACCUCUGUGGUGUCUGGCAUCGGGACAUUAGCAGCGGAACUUUUGGAUGCUGUGGGUUCCAGGGUGGAGCUGGAUCAUAACAUACAGUUCUGGGGAAUUUGAAGUCUCGAUCUACAACCUUUUUUUUUUUUUUUUUUUUUGCUGACUUAGCCUCAUACUCGGCAGGCUGUAAUGCACUGGUUGUUCUGGUGCCUUUCUAUCAUGGCCAGCAUUGAUUUUGGCAGCAAUUUGUGCUGCAUAGGCUUUUCUGUGGGAUUGGAUUAAACCUUUGAUACCCAGGGGGAUUGGGUGAGCUUUUGGUGGAAAUGAUCCCGUCACCAGUUUACUGAUUACAUAAUUGAUAAUCAACAUUAAUGUGUUAAUAUCAUGUGGUGUUAAUGUUAUGGGUGAUCAGUGUAAAUGCCGAAAUAAUAGGGGAAACUAGCUUAACACCUGUUGUACUUAAGUAACAGUAGUGUCCACUUUUUACCUAGUGCUGCUAUACUGUUUGGGACAGAGCCAGCAUCAGAAACCAGCGCUAUAGAUUUCCUUAUUCCCAGUUCCUGAACCAGUCUGAGACUUGCAGUGCUGUACAGAUGACUUAUAACUCAAACAGUGCUGAUAAGUGAUGUGAUCAGGAGCACUAGUAUUGCUAAAAUGACAGACCUUUAGCAACAUAAUUUUAUUUGAUGUCUGUGAUAUGGUAUUCCUGAAAAUAACAGUAAGUAGAAUGGCAUCAGACAUUUGUAGAAGGUUGGUAACAACCGAGUGAUAAUCAAGUACUACGUUGCCCCCAUAUGGACCUGUUGCAUGAGGACAAGAGCACAUGUCAGUUGGUACCAAGUCUUGAAAGGGAAAUGGCUAUAGUGAGUGACACUAGUAACAAUCACUAAUGCCUGUCUCUUUUUUUUCCCCUUUUUUAAAUUCCAAACUGCCUUGCUUUCAACUGUACUUAAAACCACCAGACUGUCACAUUCACAAGUGGGGUAAAAUAGUUAAUCUCAACACGAAGUUACUGCAGCAGCAGUCCAGUAAGGCUUCUCUUGUCUUUCUGUACCUCACUAAAUGUCCAGCCCACAACUGGAUAUGUUUUAGGACUAAUGCACUCUCCUCCCUAACGAUCAGAAUGGCUAUAAUGCAGCUAAAACUUAAAAAAAAAAAAAAUUUAAAUAAAAAAAAAGAUGGUUAGCUAAGGAAAGAGAUCAGCUCAAAGAGAAUCCAAUCUUUUCUAAGGUCCUGGGUGGAAUAUGCACAUACUGGUUUAUAUACAUGCACAUUUGAAAAAAAAAAAAAAAUUAAGUAUGUAUAUAGCUGGUUAUCUCUUUCCACUUUACCUUAAUUUACUCUCCCAGGCCAAUUUAAAUGCCAACUUCUAUAUUUUUCUCUGUGUACCCAUAUUGAAAGUAUAAACAUAUCAAAAUUCUACAAAAAUGAAAGAUAUUCUAAUACUUGAAUCAAAAGGAGCGCCAAUAAUGUAAUGUGAAACUUUUUGUAAUGAUUUUUUGUCAUUCAUACACUUCCAAGCUUUUUGAUAACAUCAGUUCAAAAUGAACAUUUAAAAAAUGUGUGGAGAAGGAAAAAAAAGGCAAAAAUCUAUAGUAUGUGUGUUUGCACAAGACUGUGUGUGUGUGUGUGUGUGUGUGUGUGUGUGUGCGCGUGCUGACGGGUGAGUGACUGUGAUUGUUAAUCUGUUUGUACAAGUGAGCAAAGGUUUAAAAUAUAGUGUGUGCUUAUAGUGGGUUAGUUCCCACCUUAUGGUUUAAUUCAGUAUCUUUACAGGUUAUUCGCCCUUUUAUGUUUUGCCUCUUUUUUUUUUUCUUUUUUUUUUUUUUGCUAGGCUGUAGUCAGAAACCUAUUCAGAUGUGUAUUGUUCUUAGCUUCUAGCGUUGCACUGAGUGUCUGCCUCCCCUCCUUCAGCUAAUCGUACAACAUGAAAUAAAGUACUGAGGGAUAAGGUGACAAUUCAUGUGUUAAUGUUUACUCAAGGACUUAGAGGAAAAAAAGUGUGUUUUUAUCUGUAAUAUGAUCAUCAACUUUAUAUAGUGGCUUUUAUUGCUUUCAUUGAAAAUAACUGAGUAUUGCACCAUUUCUUUUCAAGAUUAUUAAAAAAGAAAAAAGAAAAAAAAUUGUGGCCAUAGGUUUGUGCAGACAGACUUGUAACUUCCAGUGUCGGCUCCAUGCUCAAUGGAAAAUGAUAAAAGAUGAGUUUGUUACAAGGCUUAAUUCAGUGGUGCCUACCUUUUUUAUUUUUUAAAUCAUUGUUAUUUUUUCCUCCAAGGCCACCAACAGUUUACAAGCAUUUCAUGUUGUUCAAAGAAAAGGAAAUUACUGUGGGAAUGUCCAAAAAAAGGACAUACUUCCAUCAUGAAUAACUAACACUUUACUGAAUGAAGUUAAUUGUGCUACUUGCAGAACUCUGGGAUUGAUUAGUGUUGUCAUGUUGUGAUUCACUUUUUUUUUUUUUCUGUGUUGUCAUUGUUGAUUUCAUGGACUAUUGAAGUCUGUUUGUUUGUUUUUUUCCUUUGUGCAAAUAAUUGCUCACUAUCUUGCACAUACAUUAAAAAAUGGAUCAUGUCUCAGGAAGGCAAGGGUUCCAGAGUACCAACUCCGCAACAUUUUAAAGUUUUUUUUUUUUUGUUGUUGUUGUUUUGUUUUUAAUAAGGAAAAAAAAAUAAAUGAAGCACUGAAGGUUAUGGAUUUCAGAAGAAAAUACUUUUUGUUUCUAAAUCCGUAGCAGUUACAUAUUUACCAAAUAAUGGACUCUAAAUGAACUUUAAACAGUGGAGUGCUUUAUAUUAAAAAAAAAAGUCUAUAUAUUAAAAUUGCUUUACAUUUUAGACAAAGUGAUCAAUGAUUUUGAUUGUUCAAAAGACAGUAAAAGAGCAUACAAGUACUGUAUGUGGUAAUCUUUAUUGUAUUUUCUUAACAUGAGGUCCCUUCCUGUUGAAAUCAGGAACAUUUGUGCAUUACUAUUUCUUUCCUUUUCUGCCAUUCUUUCUUAUGGCGGGUAUUAUGUACGGGAAAAAAAUGUAUAAAAGCAUUUCUUCUGCAUCAAUUUGAAGGAUUGAAAGUGAGCUGGUUUAUAAGGAUCAUGAUCUAUGCACAAGUGGGGUGUAGAGGUGUAAAGACCUCUGUGACCCAUCUCAUGGGAUUUGGGGGAUUUCUUUUGGGCUUUCCUUCCAUUGUACUCGUUUCGUUGCCUCUUUAUUCCUGUUUAGCAUCUCUUAUUAAUCGUGUACUACAGUACCAGUACUUUACCAUGCUGUUUAUUCCUAAACCAAUGAGCAUCUCACUCUAAAGCACUGUGGGGUUUUUGUAGCCUGUGAUAAGGGUGUGUCUUGUGUGUUAUCUUUGUUCCUGUGUUAUCCUGGGGGUGGGUGGGCAGGAGGGGUUGCUUUUGCCUUUCAAAAAUAUUAAGGAAAAUGCCUGUACUGAGAUUUUAAAAUGACAGUGGCUUUUAAUGUUUCUCUCUCUCUCUUUCUCUCUCUUUCUCUCUCUCUCUUUCUCUCUCUCUCUCUCUCUCUCUCUCUUUCUCUCCUCAUAGAAUGUGAUUGUUGAUGACAUGCACCCAAAUGUUUCAUGAACAAUGGAGCUUCUUUCAACCUAUUAAUAAAUUGCAUUUUUUGGCUGUAAGGUU